AUGGGCAAAGAAAAGAAGAAGAUUAAGAAAAGUAAGGGAGCCAAAGAUGUUGAGGCUGACAUGAAGAGUGGUUCUAGAAAAGGUGAAUUGAGUGUAGUAUAUGGCGGUGAUCGACUAAAGAGUGAUAAUGCUGAAAGGAAUGGAGAGAGUUUUAUUGGACUAACAGUGGAUCACUCUGGAAUGAAGAGUGGUCGAAGAGAGAAAAAGAAAGAUAAGAAUGAGAUAGUGGAGACACAUGAUACUGACGAAGUAAAGAGGGAAGGGAGUAUCAAUUGGCAAGAGGGAGUAAAUGUAUCUGGAAAAGUGAGAGGCAAAGAAGUUCUGAAAGAGAAGAUUAAGCAGAAAGUGAAAAGAACUGACAGUGAGGUGGGAGAGAAAGAUGGAGAACUGAUCCUAGAGCAUAGUGAGAGUUGCAUAGCCAGUGCCACAGAGAUUAGGGAGGAUAUGAAGAAGGACAAGAAAAAGGAGGAAGGAUGUCAAUUUUGCCAGCGGCAGGAAAAUGUGCUUUAUGAUGUUGAAGAUCAUACUCAGUCAACAAAAGAAGAUGGUGGCACCAAGAAUAAUCAUGAAGUGAAGAAAAAGAAGAAGCACAAAAAGAAAGAGAACUACAAAGAUGAUCUGCCUGCUGCCCAGCAAAAAUAUGUAGAUAGUGACUCCAAUAGUGGUCUGAAUACUAAGGAGAUACCAAAUAAUGAAGCAGCAGAGUUCACAAUCAAAAGGAAGAAAAGGAAGAGUAAAGUUUUGGAAAAUUGUUCUAGUGAUGAACGAGACAAUGAAGCUGAAUAUGCAAAGAAAGGGAAAAGGAGAAAGACCAGUUUGGUGGUGAAAGGUUCAGUUGAUACUUCACCUAACAAAGUAAUAAGAAAGUUAGAUUUUCUGAUCGGGUUGAGGUAUUUACUCUCCCUCCUAAAUCAAAUACUGAGGAUGGUAAUGGAGAGAAGGACAAUCUGGUAA